CGGGGCGCGGCCAGGGCUGGAACAUGGCGGCGCCCUCGGCCCCGCGGCCGCCCCGGCCCCGCAAGGAGCCGCAGCCGCUCGUCAUCCCCCGCAGCGCCGCCGAGGAGCAGCGCCUCCGCCUCGAGCGCCUCAUGAGGAACCCGGAAAAGACUGUACCAAUCCCCGAAAAACUGAACGAAUGGGCGCCGCGGCCUCCCCCGGAGUUCGUUAGAGAUGUGAUGGGUUCCAGUGCUGGAGCCGGGAGCGGGGAGUUCCACGUGUACCGGCAUCUCCGGCGGCGAGAGUACCAGAGGCAAGAUUUCAUGGAUGCCAUGGCUGAGAAGCAAAGACUAGAUGAGGAAUUCCAGAAGAAACUGGAGAGGAAUAAGAUGAUUGCAGAAGAGCAAACAGCAAAACGCAGAAGGAAGCGCCAGAAGUUAAAAGAGAAGAAGCUGCAAGCUAAGAAAAAUAAACUUGAACAAAAGAAGCAGGAAAAAGAACCUGAUCAAUCCCAAGAGCAAGGCAGCAGCGAGGAUGACGAAGAGGACAGCAAGGAGGAGGAAGAGAAGGAAGAUGACGCUGAAGAGCCAAGUUUUGUGAUGGGAAGAGGAUGAGGCCUUUCAGGGACAGCUGGAAACACUGUUCAUUGCUUUAUAUCCAGGAGCAUGAAAGCCUUUCAUCUCAGCCAAGCAGAACCCAUUGGCCGUACGUUACAUCUGCUUAACGGGGCAUGGCCUUCACGUCACAGGCCCGAGAGAUAAUGAUAGAGAAAUGCCAAAUAAGAGAUUUUUUUCUUAAUUGCUUGUAUAACUGCUGUGCAGUCUGCUCUAAGUUUGCUCUAAAGAGUCAGCCAUAAGUCUCUGUGACCCUGGAGUUCUUUCUAACGUGGCCCAGAGUGUUUUUCUGUCUGAAAGCUAAAACAUAUCCAUUACCAUUUAAGGGAAAUAUUACUGUGAAGGCUACGUAUUCUACUUAUGGCGGAGCUGGUAGCAGUGGGAUACAUGAAUCUAAGGGAAGAGUUCAACCUGAAGUAGAAAAGUGGUCUGUAGCCAGACUCUCCUGCACUGUGAGUGUUCUGAAUUUGGGGUUUUGUAUGGGGUCAUCUCUAACCCAAAGAAAUCAGUUUAUGUUGCUAGACAAGUUCUAUAGAUUUUUAAUCGGGAUCCCUUUUUUAUUGCUAAAACUUUUCCCUAUUGCUUUUCUUCCGUGUUUUUUAAAUUAAUAAAAGGGAUGUGUUGGAUU